ACUCUCCAUGCUAACCAAGCCCUCCCGCCCCUCCCCCGGGAAGCGCAAUGCCGGCCACGAGCCCAAGGGGGGAUGUGGGGCAGUGCUCCGGCGGGUAGAACUACGCACAAGCGAAGGAAUCUGGGCCCCCAGCCUCUCGCCGCCCGCUCUCCAGAGGCAGUCUGCACCUUGCCUCCUUCGCGUGAGCCUCAGGCCCCAGACGCGGGCAAUACCCACAAGCAAGAUGGCGGCAACGGCGGCACCCCCUACGGCUUAGCGCCCUGACUUGCCAUUGGCCAGAGCCCCGAGUGAAGCAGCCGUGGAUUGGUCGAGAGCGGUGCGGGGGUGGGGGUGGAGCUGCAGCAGGCUGGAGCCAGGAGUGGGCAACGCGGCGUGAGCAGCGGCCCGAGGCUCCCGGAGCAUCGCGCUGGUAGAAGACUUCGCCGCUCGGGGCCGCAGCCUGAGGGAUGCUCAGUCCCUCUUGUGUUCACAGUUGGGCAAGGCGGGCAUCAUGGCCUCGGAUUGCGAGCCAGCUCUGAACCAGGCAGAGGGCCGAAACCCCACCCUGGAGCGCUACCUGGGAGCCCUCCGUGAGGCCAAGAAUGACAGCGAGCAGUUUGCAGCCCUGCUGCUAGUGACCAAGGCAGUGAAAGCAGGUGACAUAGAUGCCAAAACUCGGCGGCGGAUCUUCGAUGCUGUCGGUUUCACCUUCCCCAAUCGUCUCCUGACCACCAAGGAGGCACCAGAUGGCUGCCCUGACCAUGUCCUCCGGGCUUUAGGCGUGGCCCUGCUGGCCUGCUUCUGCAGUGACCCCGAACUGGCCGUCCAUCCCCAAGUCCUGAACAAGAUUCCCAUUCUUAGCACCUUCCUCACAGCCCGAGGGGACCCGGACGAUGCUGCCCGCCGUUCCAUGAUUGACGACACCUACCAGUGCCUGACAGCGGUAGCAGGCACACCCAGAGGGCCUCGGCACCUCAUUGCUGGUGGCACCGUGUCUGCCCUAUGCCAGGCAUACCUGGGGCAUGGCUAUGGCUUUGACCAGGCCCUGGCACUCCUGGUGGGGCUCCUGGCUGCUGCCGAGACACAGUGCUGGAAGGAGGCAGAGCCCGACCUGCUGGCCGUGUUGCGGGGCCUCAGUGAGGAUUUCCAGAAAGCUGAGGAUGCCAGCAAGUUUGAGCUCUGCCAGCUGCUGCCCCUCUUUUUGCCCCCGACAACUGUGCCCCCUGAAUGCUACCGGGAUCUGCAGGCUGGGCUGGCACGCAUCCUGGGAAGCAAGCUGAGCUCCUGGCAGCGCAACCCUGCACUGAAGCUGGCAGCCCGCCUGGCACACGCCUGCGGCUCCGACUGGAUCCCGGCGGGCAGCUCUGGGAGCAAGUUCCUGGCCCUGCUGGUGAAUCUGGCGUGCGUGGAAGUGCGGCUGGCACUGGAGGAGACGGGCACAGAGGUGAAAGAGGAUGUGGUGACCGCUUGCUAUGCCCUCAUGGAGUUGGGGAUCCAGGAAUGCACUCGCUGUGAGCAGUCACUGCUCAAGGAGCCACAGAAGGUGCAACUUGUGAGCGUCAUGAAGGAGGCCAUAGGGGCUGUCAUCCACUACCUGCUACAGGUGGGGUCAGAGAAGCAGAAGGAGCCCUUUGUGUUUGCCUCCGUGCGGAUCCUGGGUGCCUGGCUGGCCGAGGAGACCUCAUCCUUGCGUAAGGAGGUGUGCCAGCUGCUGCCCUUCCUCGUCCGCUAUGCCAAGACCCUCUACGAGGAGGCCGAGGAGGCCAAUGACCUUACCCAGCAGGUGGCCAACCUGGCCAUCUCCCCCACCACCCCAGGGCCCACCUGGCCAGGAGAUGCUCUCCGGCUCCUCCUGCCCGGCUGGUGCCACCUGACCGUGGAAGAUGGGCCCCGGGAGAUCCUGAUCAAGGAAGGGGCCCCCUCGCUUCUGUGCAAGUAUUUCCUGCAGCAGUGGGAGCUCACAUCCCCGGGCCACGACACCUCAGUGCUGCCUGACAGCGUGGAGAUUGGCCUGCAGACCUGCUGCCACAUCUUCCUCAACCUUGUGGUCACCGCACCAGGGCUGAUCAAGCGUGACGCCUGCUUCACAUCUCUUAUGAACACCCUGAUGACGUCGCUACCCGCACUAGUGCAGCAACAGGGAAGGCUGCUUCUGGCUGCUAACGUGGCCACCCUGGGCCUCCUCAUGGCCCGGCUCCUUAGCACCUCUCCAGCUCUUCAGGGAACACCAGCAUCUCGAGGGUUCUUCGCAGCCGCCAUCCUCUUCCUAUCGCAAUCCCAUGUGGCACGGGCCACCCCGGGCUCAGACCAGGCAGUGCUAGCCCUGUCCCCUGAGUACGAGGGCAUCUGGGCCGACCUGCAGGAACUCUGGUUCCUGGGCAUGCAGGCCUUCACUGGCUGUGUGCCGCUGCUGCCCUGGCUGGCCCCCGCUGCCCUGCGCUCCCGCUGGCCGCAGGAGCUGCUCCAGCUGCUAGGCAGCGUCAGCCCCAACUCUGUCAAGCCCGAAAUGGUGGCCGCCUAUCAGGGUGUCCUGGUGGAGUUGGCGCGGGCCAAUCGGCUGUGCCGGGAGGCCAUGAGGCUGCAGGCGGGCGAGGAGACGGCCAGCCACUACCGCAUGGCCGCCUUGGAGCAGUGCCUGUCAGAGCCCUGAGGGGUGUCCACCGGGGACAGACCCGAGGGCGGGCAGCGAGGGAAGGAGGGAGGAGGCAUCUUCCCUGAAGCCCCCAAACUAGAACCCCUCCCCAGACUUCCCCCCCAAAACACCCCAGCUUUCUGGCUUUUCUGAGGGCAAGGGCAUGGUGCCCACCCCUCAAGUGUAAGGAACUGCGUUCCGCCCCUCAGGCCCCCACGGGGGCAGGGAUCGGCUUGGAAAUCAACGUGGUUGUCCCCGCCAGGCCGGGGAAGGUUGGAGCAGCCCCCAGGGAGGGGGGCACUAGGUAUCAUUGUGCCCGAUGUCUGGCUCCCCCACAGAAGGGAGGCUCCAAGGUAGGACAGGGCUGGCAGGAGCAGACUGCCUCAGCCCAUGUGCCCUGCCGGCCAGGGCGUGGGCUCCCCUUGGCUGUGGUGCCUCCUCUGGCCCCCCAGGUCCACGUCCUUUAAAAUUGGCCCUCUGGCUCUUGCCCUUGGCUCCCUUGGGCAGAGAGCAGGCUUAGGCCAUUGACAUCGCAGUUCUUCCUAUCAACUUAAGUGACCCAGGGUCUGAACUGCCCCCAUCCUAGGGCAACCUGGGGCAAACAGGCCUGGUGGGCGGUGGGGAAACCUCCUUCCACCUGAGCUUGCUUGAAGGGAUCCAGAAGUCCCUGGGCCCAGAUCUUUAAACCUUUGUGUCAUGUUGCAGCAGAGUGAUGAUGGGGGUUAGGGGGUUAUUUCUUUUGCCUGUCCUCCUUAUCCCUGCUUGGACACCUGAGCAUCUGAUUCCUGUCCCCUUGGUGCCAUCUGGCCUGGCUGGAGCCAGGAACAGGAGGGACACUUCCCCAGAAUCCGCAUGUUUCCCCAGUGAUUGCACCCCACUGCCAUCGUGGUGCCUGGCUUUAACUCCCAUCCCUGCUAUGACUCCUCUCUGCAGAGAGACGCGACUGGCGGCUCCAGCAGGGACUACCUUUCUUAUGAAUCCAGGGGGACCCCCACGCACAUACCUGAUCCCUUGCUUCCCUGCCCCCUGCCCUCCCCCAGUGCGUUCUGUGAUCACCAAGUUCAAAGCUGUGCACAUGUGGACACUCAAUAAAUGUUCAUUGGUGACGAGAA